UGCUUCAGUUAAUUAUUAUAUGAAAAUUACAGUAAUAUCCAGCUAGAUGAGAAACACCCGAGUGAUACUUACCAUUCAACGAGCGGAGAAAGCAUCGAGAUCUCGCGACACUUCCGAAUGAAUAAGUGAUCCACGAUGAUAUAACAUGUUUGGUAACAUGCAUGUUGCGAAACUGGUACAGUGCUUUACCUGCACAACGUGCAGGUUUGCAGAGAGGAGAAGAACCCAGCAAACUCCACAGGUUACAUGACUGCAGUAAAACUCGGAGUUUAACCAUCGGUGGUGUCUACUUCCUGGUUUGGCUGCAACACAGCUUCAUUUGUUCCCAACAAAAUGCCUGAGGGACCUGAGCUCCACCUGGCCAGCCUUUACAUCAACAAAUUGUGUGCAGGAGUGGUGUUCACUGGAGCAGUCAGAAAAUCUGAGGUCAGCAAAAGUCCUGAUGUGCCCUUCACCUGUGAGGCCUAUCGCAUCACUGCUACUUCCAGAGGGAAGGAAGUGAAGCUCACUCUGACGCCCAUGAAGAGCGAUGAUACAAAAAAGAGAGUGAAGGCAGGACAAGCAGACCAGCCCAUGGAUAUUGUCUUUCGCUUUGGGAUGUCGGGCUAUUUCCGCUUCACCUCAGAGGAUGAGCUGCCUAAGCAUGCCCAUCUGCGUUUUUAUUCCAAAGAGACGCCCUGCAGAGUGCUGAGCUUUGUGGAUACACGCAGGUUUGGCAGCUGGCAGCCCAACGGGACGUGGCAGCCUGACAGAGGGCCAUGCAUCAUGUUUGAGUAUGACAGCUUCAGGAAGAAUGUGGUGUCGAGCCUCUCUGACCGAGCCUUUGACCGACCCAUCUGUGAAGUUCUGCUCAAUCAGAAGUACUUCAAUGGUAUCGGGAACUACCUGAGAGCUGAAAUCCUUUUCAGGUUGAACAUCCCUCCCUUUGUGGCCGCAAGGACCGUACUGGAAGGCCUUGACUCAGAAGAUUUAUGUGAAAAUGAGAAGCCUGUGAAAAAUGAGAUCAUGGGCACAAAGACCUCAGGGAGAGCUAAACAGAAACGAGUGAAUAAGGAGAUGGGUGACUUGCUCAGACUGUGUCAUACAGUGCCUCUGGAGGUGGUGAACCUAGGUGGAAAGGGCUACGAUCCCCAGAAGCAAGACUACUCUGGCUUCCAGGCAUGGCUGCAGUGUUACUAUGUGGAUGGAAUGAAAUCUCUCCGGGAUCACAAUGGCAGAACUAUGUGGUUCAAAGGAGAGCCAGGCCCCAUGGCGCCUAAAGAUCCAAAGUCACCCAAGGCAAAAAAGAGAGCAAAGAAAGAAGAUGACCAUGAUUACACACAGAAGAAAAAGGCCAGAAGUCGCUCAGAAAGCACAUCAAAGAAGAAGGGAGUCAAAAAGGAAACUAAGACCAGAACACCAAAGAAAGGAAAGGAUGCAUGUCCAAAGGAAGCCGGAGCCAAGAGAAGAAAGGCUGAAAAGUCCCCAAAAGUAAACACACCUCAACAUGAAAAGAGAUCUACUGCACGUAGGAGGAAGAGCAGCAGCGUGGAGCCGACUGCAGGUGCACAGAGGCGGAGCGGGAGACUGACCAGACAGAGCGGCAAAUAAAGAGAAAGGGGAGGCAUUGCUAUAUGGCACUAUUUUAAUGUUUUUAUCAAGGCGUUAUCUCAGGGGUCUGAGAAGUGAAGCCAGUGUGCCAGUACUGUAACACCUGCAUUCUUUCUAAUGGUCAGCCAACCAUUUUCCGUAUGAGUUUAUGGUCUCCAUGCUAGUUUCAAUCAAUACAGCAUGAUGUUCACUUUGUAAAUCAUGGUCCCCUUAAGAGUAAAAUAGAGAUAAAGCAGGUUAUAUAGGGCAGUGAUUCCUAAUUCCUCGUGGGUCCAUUCUGAAUGGACCACAAGUGGCUCACAAACGUGAGGUUACAAAGAACACACUUAAUUUUAAGUACAAUGAAUUUCCAGCACAGAGCUUUUAGUUUGAAGUGCUGUUUCUUGCCGUUGACUGAGUGACUAAUGGACAGCUACUUGAUAGAGACAGCAAACUAGCUCAGCGACGUGGCCAAACACAACUAUGACGCUGAAUAUAUUGUACUGUGGACCCCGGGGGCUGUAUCAGUCAGGAACCACUGUAUUAGGUCAUGGCUUCCUUAUGAUAGAGAAGUUGCUACCACUGUGGUGUCCUCAGCUUCUUAGUCAGAUUCACCCUCUUGUCCAUUUAUGGUCAACUCUGGCUCCAAAAAUCCAAAAUGAUGACCAGACUCAAAG